UUGUGCCAGUGCUGUGAUCCACUUGUGUUUGUGUCAUCGGUGGACUUUUCUGCAUCAUCGCUGGAGGAUACCCUGCACCAAGCAGAACACACAGAGGAAAGUGGCUGGGAUCAUUAAAGAUCGCCAAUUCCAGGUUUGUUGGUCGAAGAGGAUGUCCGAGCCGAGUCCAUUGCGACAACGCGACGAACUUCGUCGGAGCAAGUCGCCAUCUGGAGGAGCUAAGGAGGCGAGUCGAGGCCGAGGAGAACGCAGUUCGCGACUUCGCAUCAAGAAGCGGGUGCGAAUUUGCGUUCAUACCGCCGAGGGCUCCUCACUUCGGAGGACUAUGGGAGGCAGGUGUGAAGUCUGCAAAGCACCUACUCCUACGGACGGUGGGCAACGCCCUGCUCACGCUCGAGGAGCUGCAGACAGUGGUCGUGGCGGUCGAGGCGGUGCUCAACUCCCGCCCGCUAGGAGCCGUAAGCCAAGACCCCAACGACGGCGAGGCGCUAACCCCGGGCAUCUACUGGUGGGCGGACCACUGGUGGCACCGGCAGCAUCGCGGACCCCGGACCAGGAGGGUCUGAGUUGCUUAAGGCGAUGGCGAGCUGUCUCGUCGCUCAAGCGAGCGUUCUGGCAGCGAUGGUCCGGGAGUAUGUGCUCGGCCUGCAGGCACGGGCCAAGUGGGACCAGUUGCAGCCGAAUCUGCAAGUCGGAGAGCUCGUCGUCGUCGCAGAAGACAACCAGCCGCCGAUGCAGUGGAUGGUGGGUCGAGUCGUGGCGGUGUAUCCAGGAGCGGACGGGGCGGUGCGCGUCGCAGACGUGCGAACCAGCACAGGAGGGCUGUUUAAACGGCCAAUACACAAAUUGGCGCCUCUGCCAAUCGGAUGAAGGCACAGCCGUUCAUCGGGGCCGGUGUUGGCGCAUUUGAUAGUUAUUAGUUAAGAGCAUGAAAUACCAAAUGAAGUUAUUAGAAUUAGGGCGAAGCGAGAGCGCAAUAAAGCUUUCGUUUGUUGCUCUCUGAGCGAAUUCGCCUCGCUUCGCCGCUCUAGUUAAGUUAGGCUUAAUGUCACUUAGCAUAGAUUUAUAAACACAUUUGAAAUUGAGAACUCUACAGCGCGUCAUCAUUUACUCCGUUUUCGUUUUCGUCGUUUGUAACAACAACAAUUAGGUCCAUACUUUGUUCGCGAAUAAAGCGGAAAAUUAAUAAUUGCAAAAACUCUUGUAAUUUUUCACAAUGUUUAUGUUUAGAUUUCCCUUUUUCUGACUUUUUAUACCCGCUACCCAUAGGGUAGAAGAAGGGUUUUAGAACUUUGUGCCGGCAGGAAAUGUAUGUAACAGGUAGAAGGAGGCAUCUCCGACCCUAUAAAGUAUAUAUAUUCUUCAUCAGCGUCAACAGCAGAGGCGAUCUAGCCAUGUCCGUCUGUCCGUCUGUGUGUCUGUCCGUAUGAACACCUAGAUCUCAGAGAUUAUAAGAGAUAGAGCUAUAAUUUUUUUCGACAGCAUUUGUUAUGUUUGCACGCAAAUCAAGUUUGUUUAAAAUUUUUGCCACGCCCCCUUCCGCCACCGAAAAUCAAAAAAAUCGAAUAGCAAGCGUUAUUUUAAAGCUAGAGCUACGAAUUUUGGUGUAUAUAAUAACAACUAUAGUAUUUGUGAUUCCUGAAAAUUGAUUGCGAUCAUAUACAAAUUGUGGAAGGUAUUAAAUAAAUACUUUUGUAUGGGCAAAAACGCCUUCUUACUGGGGGUCUGAGUUGCUUUAUCCGACAAUCUGGUAUAUUGUGCCGUCUAUGGUAUAUCUUGAAUAUGGUACCAUAUUAAUAUACCACAUAUACCACUCGGUAUAUUUUUAGUAUUUUUGUAGUAUUUUCGGUAUAUUUUAAAAAUAAUACCGCAAUAUUUUGCUUUUAUUCAAAAUGGGCAGCUGGUAUCUCACAGACGAGCACACUCGACUGUAACUUUCUUACUUGUUUAAAUAUUAUUUUCGGAUAGUUAUUUUUUAAACUUUACUUUGGU